AGGUUUAGAUCAUUAAAGAAGCUGCUUAUUUAUGUGUGACUUUCAAGUGUUUGACCAUUUCUUUCGCUUUUCAUUGUCUGUACAUCGUGUGUUUUUCUUUGCUUAUUAUUUAUGAAACUAUUACUCUUGCCUGUCAUUUCUUGCUCUUUACACAUCAACCAAUCAGGUAAUAAACCUUAACCUGACUGUAGUGAGUAAGGAAUAAUCGCGGGCAUGUGGGUUAGAGGAAAACAGAAACUUUAGAAGGAGACGUUGUGUCACAAAGGGGCGUUACUGCUGCUGGUUUGCAGGCACAUUCAUGGUUUGGUCGACUGGCGGAGAGUGGGAGAGAGUGCAGCGCUGCAGAGGGAGGGAGAGAGGAGGAGGAGGAACUACUGGAGGAAAAAAAAAAAAAAAAAAGUUAAAGUAAAAAUGGCUUCCUUGUCUUUGGAGUCUACAGAACAAUCUGAAAACAGCCCUGAGGAGCCAACGGCAACGGAGCCCAAAGACGAGAAAGAGGACCCGGUCCAACUUUCGGAGCAAUUACUCCAAAGUUUCCAGAAGUCGGCACUGAGUUUUUCCACUGACCAAGUAUCAUGUCUGUGCGAGGCCCUCCUGCAGGCGGGCAAUGUGGAUCGCCUGUGGAGAUUUCUAUCCACCAUACCUCCUUCGUCCGAGCUGCUACGUGGCAACGAGACCCUGCUGAAGGCCCAGGCACUGGUGGCUUUCCAUCGGGAAGAAUUCAAGGAGCUGUACGCCAUCCUGGAGAGCUACGCCUUCCACCCGUCUAACCAUGGGUUCCUGCAGGACCUGUACCUGAAAGCCCGCUACAAGGAGGCGGAGAGGUCCCGGGGCCGCAGCCUGGGCGCAGUGGACAAGUACCGGCUCAGGAAGAAGUUCCCCCUGCCCAAGACGAUCUGGGACGGAGAGGAGACCGUGUACUGCUUCAAGGAGAAGUCUCGGAACGCCUUGAAGGAGUGCUACAAGAGCAACAGGUACCCGACUCCCGACGAGAAGAAAAACCUGGCCAAAGUGACCGGACUGUCCCUCACACAGGUGAGCAACUGGUUCAAGAACCGCAGGCAGAGGGACAGGACCCCGUCCGGGACCCACAGCAAAAGUGAGUCCGAUGGGAACCACAGCACUGAUGACGAGGUGAGCCCCAUGGACGACGCCCCUGAAAAACCAGAGGAGGCUCCCGGCUCGGCAGCGUCCAUCAUCUCCCUGUCUGCCGUCCCCUGUAGCACAGGUGGCCAGCUCAUCCUCAACGGGUCCGGCGGCUUCCUCACUGCUCCUCAGUCAUUACUUCUUAAUGGAAAUUCCCUGAUCUCCAGUAAUGGCACUGGUGUUAUAAUUAACGGGCUAAGCUUGGGCGAUUGCCAGACAGUCACACUGAGUCCUGUUGGGACCAACUCUCCUUUGAUACUGAAUGGUGCUCAGGUAAUAACCAAACCUAGCGUCGGUGUGCAGCAAGCCGUUUCUGUAGUGGAGCGGGAGGUUUCAUCCAUGGAGGCCAAGAGGAGCAGUCUGCCUGCAGUCGUUCUGAGCACCAACUCCACAACAGUGUCAAACCCUCCAUCCAUCAUCUCUCUUCCUCUGCAAACCAAGACCCACGGCAACAAUGCAAUGGAUUUCAUAAGUGUUCCUGAUUCAGAGGGCAGCAGCCAGACAGUAUCUUCCUCUUCUUCAUCUUUAUCCCCCUCCUCACCAACUCUGUCCUCUCCUACCAGUCUCCCCUCACUUGUUUUAACACAAAACACCCAGGAGUCCCUCACCCUCCCGGCUUCCAUGUCAGCUGCAGGCGUGGUCGUCUCAAAUUCUGCGGUGUCUCUCUCCAGUCAGCAAGGGGAGUAUGUUGUCUUUGCCAACUCUGGCUCCCAGUUAAACACCUGCAGCUCCGUGGUUUCUUCCACCAACUCCACCCCUCAGGUCUUCUCUCUGCCCCAGGUUGUGCCUUCCAUCCAGGGUAUACCAGUUUCCCAGUUGGUCCAGCACUCUUCAGGAGCCCAGGUGUCCCAGUGCCCUCAGCUGGUCCCAGUAUCCCCACUCACAUCGCCGGCUCCUCAGUUCCAAAGCCAGAUAGUGAACACAGGCUCCAGGCUGGUGCAGCAGCAGCAGGAUGCCUCAACAAGUCUGCCUGAAGGUGCUACAACCAUAGUCUCCAUCUCACAGCUGAACAAUCACCUCUCGCAGCGAACGGCACACCAGCUGGGGGAACAAACCACAAACUCCACAUCUGCCAAAAUCCAGGUCCCGCAAGUUAUAUCCAUCUCCUCCCCAACACAAGUAGUCCCCGUCCCCCAAACCAAAGGCACCACACCGGCUCAGCUAGUCCCCCUCUCCAUGCCUCAGCUGGUCCCCGUCUCCCCCAUCCAAACUUCGUCCACCAUCUCAUUCCCACAAGUAGUACCUGCCAGUCCUUCCCUCUCCAUCCCCUCCGCUGGAGUGCCCUUACAGAUCCUGACAUCAGGUCCUGCAGGGGCAGGCGUCGCACAGGGCCCCCUCAGGAUAAACCAGCUGAGGCCCAUUCAGAGUGUGGGUCCCCCAACCAGCAUGGCCCCUGGUAUGCAGCUCCUCAACUCUGGGAUCAUUCAGCUGCCCUCUGCUCCUCCAGGUAACCUCCUCCUCGGUGGAAGCCCCUACCUGAGUGUCCAGCAGGGCAAGCUGAUUCUGACCAUCCCGGCAGGCAUCCAGCUCACCAGUUUACCCCUUAAACCAGUCCCGGAGGCUUCACCCAUCUCCACUAAUGGAGUGAGUCCCAUUCUCACCACCUCCACUCCUUCUGUUGCCUCCCAGCCUUCAACCACCUCCACCCUGACCCCCGUCGGCCUCACAUCGUCUCCAUUAAACUUCAUCAACUCAUCUCCGCCGUACUGUGCUCCAGAGGCUGGGUCACCCGCUGUCCCUUCUCCUCAUACGCUGGACCAUUCAGUCACCCUGACAACGCCGAAUACCCUCACCCCAGAAAGUAUGCUUACCCUCAGUCCCAUGUACAGUGGAGUGACACCCAGCACCCAGCUGUCCCAACCAGCCUGGAGCCCUGUGCCCCUCUCCACUUCAGCUAGUCUAACUCUGUUUGAUGUCCGUGGCAAGGGGGACCUGCCGGUAGACCCCGGUUUGUUGGGCCUACCUGGAGGAGAGUCGCUGCUCUUGGGAAGCCCUUCGCCGGAGCAGGAUGUGGAGGUCAACUCGGCACUCGGGAAUCCAGCAGAGAUGGAUGGGGACUCUAAGAUUCUUACUCAGCUCCAGUCUGUCCCUGUGGAUGACGAGCUGGGCUUGUAGUCUGUUUACGGUGAAACGCAGUAGGUUACAGACUCUGCUGUUUGUUUUUUAUUCCACGUUUUUAAUCCUCUGAGACCUAAAUGUCUUUUACAACAUGUACGCUUUCUCAUAAUGGCCUGAUACCAUCAUGGUCUUCGCUGGCACUUUGGAAACAUCUCCUCUGCAGCUCUUUUUCACAUGGAUGGGCACGGUUAUAUGGAAUGUUUAACUGCUCACUCAAUGUCACGAUAUCGCCUGAGAAUUUUGCGUCUCAGAGGCUUUUACGAAAAUCCGAACGUGCCUUUCCUGAUUUAUCAGAUCCAGACAGAACACGGAUUAGUCUGCUUGGCCCGGUUACAGGUCCUGGUGGUAAAAAAAAGAAGUGUUACAUUACGCAAGCCGUAAUGGCAGUUUUGUGGACUGCAGACCAGGUUCAGCUGUACUUGGAGGAGGUGUUGUGGUCUUUGCUGGCAGCAGAUGUACUUCAUUGUGGAUCGACCACAGUAACUUUACACCAGACUAUCUAGAGAGAUCGUCCUGCCUUUCCAGAACUAACAGCUUCAGGAUGUUCUCUUUUACUUGUUCACAGCCUCAGUAUACUAUUCUACCAUUACUCCAGGAAUUUAGUGAAGAUUCUUCACAAACAAAAUUGAGAUGUGUUUUUUUCCUCAGCCAUCAUUACAUCAUAGCUUCAAGGGCUACACAACAGUAUUUUAUGAUGAAGAGUUACUGAAGUCUGGGUGGAAACAAGCAGCCUAACGUUUAUUUGUUUCAGUUAAGUUGUUUUAAAGGAAAGAUUCAACCAAUAGUGGAAAUUCAGUCGUUAACUACGCACCCUCAUGCUGAUGGUAAGUUGGGGUCAAAGUUUUGUAGUCAAGAAAACAUUUUUGGGGCUUCAUAGCCAAAUAGGGUUGCAGCCUUUUCCUAAACAACUGAAGUAGAUGGGGACUUCUUUUAAAAUAAAAAAAAAAAAAGAUAAAAUGGUUUCUUACAGCUCAAGUCUACGGAAGUCUAGAGAUACCAAACUGAAUCGGAAAGACUUUUCGAAGUUGGUGCAGCCACCUCAAAACCAGCCCCCCAGGAAGAGCGCCAGGCUUUGAAACCAGUUCUCUCAUUGGCCAACCUGUGUAAUUACAUCAUCACAUGACAACUUUUUUGGAGCAUCACCAGCCCUGCAAAAUGACUUGAUUCACUAUUAGAAUUUGAGCCGUUCAGUCUGCUACAUUUUGAAAGGCUAGAAGAGCUGCAUAAUUAAAUUAUUUUACUCCCGUUCAAGUUAGCCAGCCUUUCAACCGGAAGUGUCUGGUGCUCAGGCGCUGUGGGCCACACAGCGUUGAAGAUCUGGAUAAUUUUAUACCCAGAAAGUUGAGCUUCCAGUGAACAGCUUUUAUAGGAAUGAAUGGGCCUCUGAGGCUGUAUCCACAUUGUAAUUGUUAGAUUCAUGAUUAAAACAGGGGGGGCAUGGCAAUGCUCAGGGCUUCCGGAGACAUGGAUUACUGCAGACGAGCUGUACGUACCUGUUUAAUUCCCUGACUACUACAGUUGUUUACGAACUGCAAUGCUGUUGUUUUGUGAAGUUUCAGAAAUGUUUUGUGGACUCCAAAACUAAACCUGACUUCCCAUCAGCAAGAGGCUGAGUAGUUAACUGAAAUGUUUUUUGGUGAACUUAUCCUUUAAUUUACUUCAUGCAGUUUUCAAGUGAGAACGCUGCCCUUCAUUUUUACUAAUAUAACACAGGAAAUAAAAGGGUCUGUACUCUAUGCAAUGCAUGUUUAGUUCUUUAUAGGACACUACGUUGCACAAUGGCUGAGUUGACAAGCCAGUACACUUGGGAGACGAGAAAAAGACACUAAAACGUUUGCUGUGACCCCACGUAGUGAUAUUUUUGUCUGUUAAAUGCAUCCAAAAUCUCUGUUUGUUGACAUAAGUGCCUUAUUUUAAAGCUUACAGGUUUGUUGUUUUUGAAAAAUGUUUUGACUUUUUACACGGUUUUACAGAUGCUAUAUACCCAACCAAAUGUUGGGAUUCAUGCUAUGGACCUUUUUUUUGAAUACCCAUAAUGUCUGUUUGAGUCCAUUGAAUCAUAAUGUGGCAGUUCUGGUUGUAAAGUCACAGCUCUGUCUCCUGUUGUUUUGUAUAUUUUGCACCUUUCAUUCACACAAUGUUUACGCUGCGCUGCCAUGUUGUUGUGACAGUGGCUGAACUCAUUUUCUGUUCUGAAAUUACCUUUUCUUUCUCAGUCGGACCUUAAUAAUCCCCCCAAAACAGCAAAGUUAAAGAGGUAAAUCAGAAAAUAGGAUUUUCUGAUGAAAUGUUUCUUCUCUUUCUCAAUAUUAUCAUCAUCAUAUGAGCUAUCCACUGUCCUAGCACAGGUAGCGGUCAGACUUUUGGCCAAUUAUGGUACACAAAACACACUUCUAGUUACAAUAAUGAACUUUUUUGUUUGUUUUUUUAUAGGUAUGUUUGUUGUUUGUCUUUUUUUGUACAUUUAAUCUAUUUAAAGCAUGUAUCAAUCAGUUUCUUGUUUUAACUGAAAGACAAAUGAGUCCUUGUGGAAAAAAAAAGGCGGAUAGGAAAUGACAUUCAUUUUCACUUGGAAGUCACGGAAAACUGAGUUUGUAAGAAAUCUAUAUUGAUUUUCAGGUAGGUCGAUUUGAAAUACAGGUCGCCUCCAUGCUAAUAAAUUCAAAGGAUAUUUGCUCCCAGUCGCUUUUGGCUAGAUCAUUAAAUGGCUUGGACAAAUCAAUUUUACUGACAUUUUAAUUAGUAAGGGGUAAAGGGAAUAUGUAUGUCCUAUAUGUAAAAUAUGGUAGUCUUUGUUUGUUUAUAUGAGCCAUUUCUUACCAAAGUAUGUAGACAUUGAAGCCUUUGUGGGCUUGCGCACAUUUGUAGCUGGGGAUAUGUUUUACUCUCUCCUACCUGACACAUAACGUAUAUGACUCCAGAUGUUACCAAAGAUAAUGUAUUUUGAUCGACUUUUUGAUAGUUUUGAAAGGGAUCAUUUGUGUCUGCCAUUCAAGGUUCUUCUCACUUUUGUAUUCAAAUGCAUUCUAUUUUUUAUAUUACAUGUUAUUGUAAUAAACUACAUUUACAAAAAAAAAAUGUUGGGGCCUUUUUUUUGAUGAAUGUUUUUAUGAAUUGUGAAUUAUUGUUGUCACGAAAACCUUGUCACAGGGUUUUGCUUCUGAUUUGCCAAGAUAAUUGUAUUCAAAUGUG